AUGGCCCACACUAUUCUUCACCUCCGAUCCGAAACCAAGCCCUUGGAACACAGGAGCGCCCUCACCCCCACCACUACUCGCAAGCUGGUCGAGGCCGGCUACGAAGUCAGAGUGGAAAGGAGCCCCGUUCGCAUCUUUGACGAUGCCGAGUUCGAAGCCGCUGGCGCAACCCUUGUGCCCGAAUACUCCUGGGAGUCAGCCCCAUCGGACGUGAUCAUCGUCGGUCUCAAGGAGCUUGAGGAGAAGGAGUUCCCUCUCAAGCACGUCCACGUCACAUUCCUCCACGUCUACAAGAACCAAGGUGGCUGGGAGAAGACACUCGGCCGUUUCCCCCGUGGCGGCGGCACUCUUCUCGACCUCGAGUUCUUGGCCAACGAGUCCGGUCGCAGAGUCGCAGCCUUCGGUUUCCACGCUGGUUUCUCUGGCGCUGCUCUUGCUCUCGAGAACUGGGCCUGGCAGCUCACCCACCCUGGCGAGCCCUUCCCUGCCGUCGAGGCGUACCCCAAUGAGGAUGCUCUCAUCGUCGAUGUCAAGAAGGCCUUGGACGAGGGUAUCGCCAAGGCUGGUCGCAAGCCCAGAGUCAUUGUGAUUGGUGCUCUUGGACGUUGCGGUUCCGGUGCCGUUGAGAUGGCCAAGAGAGCCGGUGUUGAGGAUAUCGUCCGCUGGGAUAUGGAGGAGACCAAGAACCCCGGCCCUUACAAGGAGAUCACGGAUGCCGACAUUUUCGUCAACUGCAUCUACCUCAGCCAACCUAUUCCCCCUUUCCUCAACCGCGAGUCUCUGCAGGUCCCCGGUAGAAACCUCAGCGUGAUUUGCGAUGUUUCUGCUGACACCACCAACCCCCACAACCCGAUCCCCGUCUACACCGUGGCUACCACCUUCGACAAGCCCACCGUCCCCGUCGAGGGACUGGAGAACCCUCCCCUGAGCGUCAUCUCCAUCGACCACCUUCCGUCUUUGUUGCCGAGGGAGUCUAGCGAGGCCUUCAGCAACGACCUGCUGCCUACCCUCCUGAACCUCAAGGACUGGCGCAACGAUUCCGUCUGGGCCCGCGCCGAGAAGCUCUUCCAGGACAAGGUCGCCCUGCUCCCCGCCGAGCUUCAGAAGAGAGAGGCCUAG